AUGGCGGAGAGCUGGAUGCGCCUCUCGGGAGCGGGGCCGACGGAGGAGGCCGGGCCGGAGGGCGGCCUGGAGGAGCCCGACGCCCUGGAUGACAGCCUCACCAGCCUGCAGUGGCUGCAGGAAUUCUCCAUUCUCAACGCCAAGGCCCCCGCCCUGCCCCCGGGGGGCACCGACCCCCACGGCUACCACCAGGUGCCGGGCUCGGCGGCGCCGGGGUCCCCCCUGGCGGCAGACCCCGCCUGCCUGGGCCAGCCGCACACGCCGGGCAAGCCCACCUCGUCGUGCACGUCGCGGAGCGCGCCCCCGGGGCUGCAGGCCCCGCCCCCCGACGACGUGGACUACGCCACCAACCCGCACGUGAAGCCGCCCUACUCGUACGCCACGCUCAUCUGCAUGGCCAUGCAGGCCAGCAAGGCCACCAAGAUCACCCUGUCGGCCAUCUACAAGUGGAUCACAGACAACUUCUGCUACUUCCGCCACGCGGAUCCCACCUGGCAGAAUUCCAUCCGCCACAACCUGUCCCUGAACAAGUGCUUCAUCAAAGUGCCUCGGGAGAAGGACGAGCCAGGCAAGGGGGGCUUCUGGCGUAUUGACCCCCAGUACGCCGAGCGGCUGCUGAGCGGGGCCUUCAAGAAGCGGCGGCUGCCCCCAGUCCACAUCCACCCGGCCUUUGCCCGCCAGGCCUCGCAGGAGCCCAGCGGCGCCCCCUGGGCCGGGCCGCUGACGGUGAACUCCGAGGCCCAGCAGCUGCUGCGGGAGUUCGAGGAGGCCACGGGGGAGGCGGGCUGGGGUGCCGGCGAGGGCAGGCUCGGGCACAAGCGCAAACAGCCACUGCCCAAGCGGGUGGCCAAGGCCCCGCGGCCCCCCAGCACCCUGCUGCUGACCCAGGAGGAGCAGGGUGAGCUGGAACCCCUCAAAGGCAACUUUGACUGGGAGGCCAUCUUCGACACCGGCACUCUGGGUGGGGAGCUGGGCACGCUGGAGGCCCUGGAGCUGAGCCCGCCACUGAGCCCCGCCUCGCAUGGGGACGUGGACCUCACCGUCCACGGCCGCCACAUCGACUGCCCCGCUACCUGGGGGCCCCCAGUGGAGCAGGCUGCCGACAGCCUGGACUUCGACGAGACCUUCCUGGCCACAUCCUUCCUGCAGCACCCCUGGGACGAAAAUGGCAGUGGCUGCCUGCCCCCAGAGCCCCUCUUUGAGGCUGGGGAUGCCACCUUGGCCGCCGAUCUGCAGGACUGGGCCAGCGUGGGUGCCUUCUUGUAA